UGAUAAGAAGGGUCAGUAGUCACAUAUUUGCUUCUUCCUCAGUUUUCCCUAGGGCUGUAAGAACUCAGUCGUGUGCUCUAUUUUCACGUGACGAACGCAGCUGCUUCGAUUGCCGUUCUAAAGUAUCCAGUGAUUCACCGAACGUUGUGAUCUAGACCGACCAUAGCAUAUCCCAUUCAGGCUCGAACUGCCUUUCCUCCGCGUGUAAUAAUACUCUUCUGCCGACUAAUCGCGGCAAUACGCUGUUUAUUCCAGAGGCAUGGCUACCCAGCUAGUAUCCCUGGCGGAGGUGGAGAGGCUAAGCGCUUCGGUCAUACGGAUAUUGGGCGGAAAUCCCGGCAAGUUCACGCUGCAAGGCACAAAUACGUAUCUAAUUGGCCGAGGACAUCAACGCAUCCUCAUUGACUCUGGCCAGGGGGAACCUUCUUGGGCAGCCCGGCUCAAGGCCCUCUUGGCAGAGGAGAACGCAACUGUGCACCAGGCCCUUCUUACGCACUGGCAUCCAGACCAUGUGAAAGGCAUUCCUGACCUCUUGAAGAUAUGCCCAGAGGCAGUCAUCUACAAGAACGAUCCAGACCUAGGGCAAGAGAGCAUUGAAGAUGGCCAGGUAUUCAGUGUUGAGGGGGCAACGCUGAGAGCGUACCAUACCCCGGGACAUACUGUCGACCAUAUGAUGUUUGUUCUUGAGGAAGAAGAUGCCGUCUUUACCGGCGAUAAUGUCCUGGGUCACGGCACGAGUGUCUUUGAGGAUCUCAAAACGUAUCUGUCCAGUCUGCAGAGAAUGCAGCACCGCGUCUCGGGCCGUGGCUAUCCCGGCCACGGGGCGGUGAUCGAGAACGCGACGGCAAAGAUCACAGAGUAUAUCAAGCACCGGCAACAGCGGGAGGAUGAGGUGGUUCGGGUUCUUCGAUACAAUCACCUCGACGUCGCAGAUGAUGAAUCAUCCCCGGAGCGCAAGCAAUCCUGGACACCACUGGAGCUGGUCAAGGUGAUUUACAAGGAUGUGCCGGAAAGCCUUCAUCUGCCUGCGUCCCAUGGAGUGCAGCUUGUGUUGAAUAAACUGGAGGACGAGGGUCGGGUAAGCCAGGAUGGGAGUGGGAAAUGGAGUUUGGAGAGUGGGCGAUCUGCGCUUUGAGGGGCUAUCACGAGACUAAACUGUCUCUUGUGCUCAGUGGAAAAGGUAUAACAAGGCUAUCAUCAUAUAUCAAUGAAUCUUCUGUUGUUCAAGCUUCGAUACCAGGGUAUCCGCCUCCAACGCGGGAAGACACCUGGGCUGUACAAUGAAUGGCCUAUCAGUGAUCGCC